AUGAAACUUGGACGGAUUCCAGUAAUUGAUAAGUUGAAAGAUUUGGGAAUUGCCCUUAUGGGAAAAAUUAAGUAUGGUAGUGUCCGUGAAGGUGACAACUUAUUGGUGAUGUCUAACAGGGCUGGUGUGAAAGUGUUGGCGGUUUAUUGUGAUGAAAAUAAAGUACAAUGUGCUGGGCCUGAUGAAAAUGUUCGCGUUAGAUUAUCAGGAAUUGAGGAAGAGGAUAUAUCUGUGGGUUUUGUCCUUUCAAGUAUGGAGAAGCCAAUAGCUGCAGUAGUUGAAUUUGAUGCUCAUUUACAGAUCUUGGAGUUGCUUGACAAUGCUAUUUUUACUGCUGGCUACAAGGCAGUAUUGCACAUUCAUUCAAUUGUGGAGGAGUGUGAAAUUAGUGACUUCUACAACCAAAUUGAUCUCAAAACAAGGAGGCCGAUGAAUGGGAAAGUUCUUUUCUUGAAAAAUGGUGUGAUUGUGGCCCAUCGUAUUCCAGUAUACUCCAUUGAGCGUCUUUCAAACUUUUUGUUGAUAUGUGUCAAAAAAUUUUCUGAUAUUCCUCAGCUUGGAAGGUUUACACUUCGCUCUGAAGGAAAAACAGUGGCAGUAGGGAAAGUUACUGGUGUUUAA